AUGUCAUCCAUCAAUUGGAAGUGGAGGCACCUACUCUCCUUGUUGUUAGUCUUUAUCUAUGGUGCCGGCAGCCGUGCAUCAUCACUUCAUCAUCAUGGCAAAUUUGUUACCUUUAGGCAAUUGAACGAGAGCAAUGCAUCCAACGCAGAUGACUCUUUGGAGGAGAAUAGUGUAAACAUAUCAGCAAAGAUGCCCUAUGAUAGAGGAUUAAUGCGAAUAACAUAUCGAUUGCAUGAGAAUCCUUACCAACUGAAGUAUCAGCCUUUGUAUCCAAUGCCGCGAUUAUUUUGGCAUAAGUUUCCCCAAAAGCAACAGGAGCAACCAAUGACUACACCAAUGCCUUCGGAGGAGCAGCCGAUGAUAACAGAAAUGCAAACGGAGCAACCAAUGGAAGCUGAAACUGAGGCUGCCCCUCCAACAGCUGCUGAAACCGAAGCCCCACCAAUUGUUGAACCUUCAAUGGAACCUGAAAUGCCACCUCUACCAGAAACAGAUAUGCCCACGAUUGCUCCCACGGAUCAGAUGAUGAUGAUGACAACACCCACCUCAUCUAAUGCAACAACUUCUACCACAGCUCCCUCCUUGAAACCAUCGACAACUUUCACUACCAUCAUGAAACCUCCUGGUUACUUUCCCUUCAACAUUGCCGACAAACUUAAGAAUCUAUUGAUUUUUGGUUCUCCCUCCAAGGUUAAUCUGUUGCAAAAACAUGGCAAUGUUAUUCCCAAAGGUAAAACCAAGAGUAAAGGUUUCCUUAGCCUCUUUGAGGUAAUUAAAUUUGCCAAUAUCAAGUGUUCCGUAAAUAUGGGCGAUAUACGUUCGAUGGAAGGCACCUGCUAUCAUGAGUUCGAGUGUAAGACACUUGGUGGUAUACCCACAGAACGUUGCGCCGAUGGUGUGGGAGUCUGUUGCAUAUUUUUAACUGGCUGUGGUGAUAAUACUGAACAAUCGGUUACCUACUUCGAGAGUCCCAAUUAUCCCCAAUCCUAUAGGGAAGCCAUGAUUUGUGUUCUAAUUGUUAAUAUACGCAAAAAUGUACAACAGGUGCGAGUGGACUUUCUGAUGUUUGAGCUUAAUCGUCCAACAGAUGGAAAUUGCGAAGAUGAUCAAUUUGUUGUGUCUGGUCAAAAUGUUAAUUUUGCUGUUCCUAUUUUAUGUGGCAUUAAUACAGGACAUCACAUUUAUAUACAUGCAGGAAAAUCCCCUGAGCAAAAAAUAUAUCUUUCGAUUUUCUCAAAAGUUCCGAAUGGUGCACGAUCUUUUAAUUUAAAGAUUACACAGUUGGAAGAAAACUUGGCACCAGAUGGCUGUUUACAAUACUACACCGAACCAGAAGGCAUUGCCAAAUCUUUCAACUAUGACAUUGAAGGCGUAGUGGUAGAAGACAAAUUGGCAACGUAUUUGAACAAUAUGAAUUAUGUCAUUUGCUUAGAACGUUUGAAAGACACAUGCAGUGUAAAUUAUGUUAUGGAACAAAUCGGCAGCAAUUCAGAGCUAUUGGAUUUUCAAAUAGUGAACAAAAAUGAAGAUGAAAAUGACUUGGUACCCGAUGGUCAGGCUGGUGCUGGCAUCUUCAAUUGCCCGGAUGACUAUGUGGCCAUCAAUCAGGUGCGCCUGUGCGGCGAACGAUUUAACGAUGGCACCACAAAUGAAGAUUUCACCGCUCAUGCACCAAUUCGAGAUGUCGCGGCGGGACCAAUUAUUUUGCCCUUUCGCAGCGAUGAGGAAUAUGUGGGACGUGGUUUUCGAUUGGCAUAUCGGCAGGAGUCAUGUGUAUAA